AUGCGGAAACAAAGCAAAUUUGCCAUCUUCUGUGAUCUCACUUCCAUUCGAGGCGUUCAACGGAUUAAACGUGCUCAAACUCCCUUUAUUCGGAUAAUUUGGUCCCUCUUUGUAGUCCUUAUGACGGGAGCAUUGGUCAUUACCAUUAGUUUCCUUGCAAGAGAUUUCCUCUCCUUCAGCACCUCCUGGCAUUCACGAACCCUUAUUGAUGACAAGACAGAUUUUCCGGCUAUCACCAUUUGCGCGCACAAUCCCUUCGCCUUGGAGGCUAAUCAUAUUUGGGCCAAGGCUUCCAUCCUUACUCCCAGUGAAUUUAACCGUCAACUCAGUGCCAUAACUCUAGCCUUCAUUGAGAACGGCAAUCCUGAGUACGCCAGUCUCCUGCUUCAAGACUCCACCGACACCUACUUUGCAAAUCUUCGGCCUGAGGAGUCCAGACGCCUCGGACAUCAGACCACAAUGUUUCCACAUUGUAUGGUUACUGUAGAUGGUGUCAAUAUUGUUGCAGAGAACUGUAGAAUUGAGGAGGACACUGGAUUUACAAAACAACGAUUCUCCCAUCCUAAGUACUUCAAUUGUUGGACCAUCGAGACUGCUGACAAUAAAUCCACGAAAGACACCGUUCGUUUAACUCUCCUUCUCAGUCUUGUCUCCUCUAAGGAGAUAAAUGAGAGUAGAAAGAACUUUGUAAUGGAUACAUUUUCUCGUGGCGAGGGAGUUAAACUGGUUGUUCAUCAAAGUGGCACCUAUCCCGAGAUUGAUAAACACGGAAUCAACGUGCAACCGGGGAGGAUGAACGAGCUCUCCUUCAACACCGAGAGAUGGGUUCGAUUGCAAACGCCGACAGCUCCCUGUCUAGAUGACCCUCCGCCUAUCACUGACAUGGGAAAACAGUACUCCUACCGCAUGAAUCAGUGUCUGGACAGCUUUUUACAGAAUAUCUCCAUAAACCAAUGCGGCUGUCUCAAUUCCGAGUGGCCAAGAUCUAUAAAUCCCGACCUUGUGAACACCAAGGUGCCCUACUGCUCAGCCCUCCCAAAGGACGCACGUGACCCCACCAUUCUUGAGAGCAUUGUCAAGCGUCUGAACUGCACCACCAAUCUCCUCCACAAUCUGAAGUAUAUCAAAGAGUCAGCUAUUAGAAAGCGGAUCUGCAUCCCUCGUUGCUCAUUUUACACCUACCCUCUAAGUGCUAGUAUCGCGUCGUGGGAACCGAUUCCGGAGAAAUUGCAACAUUUCACUGAUAAAUUUAAACGAGUUGAACGCCUCCUCAAUAACUACGACGAUCCGAUGGAACGAGAACGCCUUGUGAAGUACCUCAAAAAUGUCAUCGGUCUAGAGGGCAAUCACACGACUCAAAAUAGCUCCAUGUCCCAUCUACGCAUUGAGGACUUUGAGAAUCAGAACUCCUACACCUACAUUAGCCUUGUCCGUACCUCCUACGAGACCACUUAUAAGGAAGAGCGUCUCAUCUUUGAUAUCUACAUUCUUAUCUCAAGGGUGGGUGGUCUCUGCUCUAUCUUCAUCGGUCUUACCGCCGCUAUAAUCGUGGAGUUGAUUGAAUUUGUCUACUUAGUAUUCUGGGAUGUUGAAAAGGCGAAUGGCCCAGGGAGUCCCCAACCUCUUAACACUAGCGAGCCCCCUCUCCAACUAAAUAAGGACCACUGUGAUCCAACAUUACCGCCCAAUAAGAGCUAUGAUGAGGUGAACGAUCAAAAACAAUGUAUUCUAUGA